AUGACCGCGUCUGAGCAAAAGAAGGCCCAGUCAGCGAUGAUGUUACUCACGGAGAAGCAAUUCGAAAAGACAAUUAAAGGUCGCCUAGUAUUCCGAGGCAAUGGAACUCGUGAAUGGUUAUCGCGAGAGGACACUGCAAGUCCAACUGCUUCACAAGAAGCAAUCACCACUACUUGUAUUAUUGAUGCACACGAAGGUAGAGAUGUAAUGAUGCUGGACGUGCAUAACGCUUUCAUUCAAACUUAUAUGCCUGAUGCUAAGGAAGGAAAAGAUAGCGUCUACAUGAAAAUCACUGGCAUGAUGGUCCAGACAUUGAUUGACAUGGCCCCAGGGUAUCGUAAAUACGUUGUAUUAGAGAACGGAAAGCGAGUAAUCUAUGUGCGGCAAACUAUCAGAUUUCAUGUUGACGAUCUUAUGUCAAGUCACAUGGACCCGAAAGUGAAUGACAAAUUUGCUGAGUGGUUGAACAUGAGAUAUGGUUUGAUCCAGGCAUGUAAAAUCGUCAGAGGAAAGAUACACAGAUAUCUUGGAAUGACUUUGGAUUUCUCGGUGAAAGGAAAACUCAAGAUCCGCAUGGAUGACUAUGUCAAGAACAUGUUGGAAGACUUUCCUAUCAAGUUCAACAAGGAUUCAAAGCAGGAAACACCAGCAGCUGUUAACGAUUUACUGGAAGCUGGUAAAGGGAAGUUACUCAGUGCUGAGUACCGUCAAAUCUUCCAUACUACUGUUGCAAGGGGACUUUAUGUCUCUAAGAGAGCUCGUUUGGAUAUCCAUCCAACAAUUACUAUUCUUGCCUCAAGAGUUUGA